AUUACGUGGAUCCACCUGAAAGAUAUGUUAAAUGCAGCAUCUAACGGGCGUUAAGAACGAUGACAGCUUCUGGUUCGCGUUCGGCGAAUGCAUGCGAAUCGUGCCGUCGGCGUAAGGUCAAAUGCUCGGGCGAACAGCCGUGUCGCAGUUGUAUCAGACACAAUUGGGAAUGCACGUUUGGAAAUUGGGGUCGGAGGCGGUACUCUGAAGCUCAUGUCCAGGGGCUUUUAGACAAAAUUCGAUCAUACGAAGAUCAGCUUGCUGUUCAAUCUGAUAGUGGAUCGGUUGUCAGACAGCAAUCCGAACAUGAUCCAGGCGGCCAUGCACCGGCAGUCCGGCACCCUGCGUUCAUUGCACCUGCGCCUCGACCGGGGGGACAUGCAACGCCUAGUACGCAUGGAUUACAGGAGCCACUGUCAGAUGGAAUCCCUUUCCCUGAUGGUGAUGAUGACGAUGAUGCGGGUAUUAGUCCAGCGACAGACUUGACCUCUGGGCCAGCGUUUGAAUCUCAGGUCAGGUCCUUGCUGCACCAGAAUCGCCCAUGCAACAGUUUAAACAAAAUGAUUCCUGAUCACAUGGGAGUAGACAGACCAACCAGUCAAUGGAAAUCAUCCCAAGCGUUGGUCAAUGAGGCUUCCGCACCUAUGAUCCCGACUUUGUCGGAAUCUCAGCACCUUCUCGAUCGGUUCCUGUUCUAUCUUGGUGUUAGCCAACACUUCUUCGACCCUCGCACCUUUUCCGAUUCCAUGAUGCUGUUAUUCCAGUCUCCCGAACGACAGCAAUAUCAUAUGUGCACGACUUGGUUCACCGAGUACUUGCUAGUCAUGGCUAUGGCGAAACUGAUGGAUGUCGAAGAGCCAACAUCUCAACCGCCGGGCGCAAGCCUUUUCGCGGAAGCAAUGAGGCGUCUACCUCAUUUACAUCAGCUCGGCGAAGAGGGUGUAAUUGCCGUGGAGAUUCUGACACUGAUCACCACCUAUCUGCAAUGGUGUGAUCGCAAGCACGAUGCUUAUCUUUACGUUGGCCUGGCAUUGCGACUAGCUAUUGCACUUGGAUGUAAUCGGCCUUCCGGGGAGCAAGCUUGUCUUCCGUCGGAAACCGCUCAUCGAGUACGGCUGUGGUGGACAGUGUACAUGCUGGAUAGACGUCUCUCAUCGGGGCUCGGUCUAGCUGCCGGUGCAGACGAGCGUCAACUCUGCCUAGAAUUUCCCCGCCACGCAAUUGGCUUCCAAUCGCCUAUUGCCUUGAUUAUCAACGUUCGCAUUGCCCGUGCCACCGACGAUAUUAUGUCCUCGCUAUACGGAAAUGCUUCCAUAACCCAAAAUGAGCUGGUGCGAAAGAUCCAAAUUGUUCUCCAUGAUCUCUACGAGACCGGUCGUAGUUUGCCUGCGCCCUUACUGUUGGACUUUAAUCGGCCUCUUCAGACAGUCACCAGAACUGGUGCAUCGCUGUAUUUGAUGCUCUUUCAGGCUAUAAUCCUAUGUGUCCGCCCCAUUCUCCUACAGAGAGUUCGUCAAAAAGUCCGUCGCCAGGCCAAGCAGCAGCCCUUAGAACCGGCGCCUCCUAUCCUAGCCUGCUUGUGCGAGACAUGCAACGAAGCGGCUACUAAAAGCCUAAGUAUCUUAUUUGCUCUUCAGCGACAACGCAUCAUCCCACGAUACGGAUUCUUCGACCUCGACGCCACCUUCUCCGCUGCCUUCAUUCUAGUCAUGGUAGGAUUCAUCGGAGAUUCUUCAACCAGUCCACCUCCAGCGCUCGACCAAGCCUUCGUAGUCCUGCGCUUCCUCUCCCGAGCAGGAAACCUAGCCGCCGAACAGCGCCUCCAAGACAUCCUGCAAUCUUGUCUCCACGUCUGGCCGACUUACUCUGCGGGUGACAAACAGGCAAACGAUAGCAGACAGGGCCCUGCUGGCGCUUCGUCAACUCCUUCUCAACCCCUGCCUCGCUCGAGUACAUCCCCUGGCACAGACUAUUUUCACUCCACGCAGGAAGAUUCGAGACUACUGGAGCCGUGGAUGCACCAUGAUAUGGCAUCGGGUGUGUUCGAUAUGCAAGGAGGCUGGGAUAUGGACUUGUCCGGGGAAGCGGAGGGGAUAUAUUCGAGUUUCUAUGAUCCGACGCUGCCGUUGACCGGGGUGGAUCAUACGGAUUGGGCGGAGAUUGAGAAGGUGCUUCGCGGGUUGAAUGCGUAGUUAGUGUCUUGGG